GAGAGCAAGAAGAGGCCACGGAGUUCCUUCUCGUUCGCGCAACCUUGUUGGAACGCAUCUCACUCGUGGACGUCUCUAGAUGAACAUUGCCACUGAUAUACUUCCAGUAGCAUUAAAGAUUGCUCCUGGCAGCCGUGGAAGUAGCUAAGUAACAAAGCGCAUAGUAAUAGGUAGCCAGAAAACUCUUGCCGUCAUUCUCAUUCGAAAAUGAACGCGGAACAAAUACACGGCCUGAUGGGCCUGCUCGGUGUGGGCAACGAGGAAGAACAAGAGACCAGCACUCUACCACCCAACGCCGUCGCUGCGGAACGUACAGCCAUGGGAUAUAAGCCUCGGAGCCAGGCACGACCAAACAUGAAGGUAAUAUUUGUGGUCAUUGUUUUGCUUUUUCCCUGCACUACUUCCUAACUGGCAUCGCCAUCGACAUGCCUACGCGCAUGAGCUUGAGCAAAAGUACAGUCUCAGCGCAAAGAACAAGAAGAAACACUUUCAUCUGCGACAUUUCGACAACGAACACAUAGGUGAGUGUCCGACAAAAGCCAAAGGUCGUGGAGAAGAAAGCAGAGCCCAUUUGGGCGGACACAGACUUCAAGGAGAACGCAGGUGUCGUAAUAAAGGACGACGGCGACGACCGGAAAGUUCCCGACUACGACAUAUUGUUUAAGCAGGAUGUUGGAAGCGAAGACGUCUUUCUGAACCUUGGUAUAAAAGUUAUUACUACAGCUUUUUUCUUGCUCACAUACUUCGUUGAGUAGUUCCGUACUAUGUUCAACACAGCAGUAGUUCUUCGUUUUGAUUGUCGUUCUUCAUAACCAUAUCACCAUAUCAGAAUCUUCUACGUUCGCCACUUAAAAAACUCUCAGGCCAGAAGGACGGGAGCUCCGACCAUUGCCACGAGAUAGUGGUGAAGAUAAAGUUGCCAAACACGGAGCUGAAGGACAUAACCCUGGACGUACUCGAACAGCGGGUGCUCUGCAUAUCAAACAAAAAAAGUUCGUCACGAUCACUCAUGCGCAUUUUUGCAAUACAAAAUUGGCUGUCAUGCGUAAAAAUGCAUCACAGCCAAAUUUCAUAAGGGAUUUCCCUAGUGUUUCUGCAAUACAAGAAAAACCUGUGAUGCUGGAAAAAUUUCUCAUGCAAAACCUGCACGUUAGUGAUUGUGACGAACUUUUUUCUUUCCAUACUGCAGCUCCAAACUGUACAAACUUAAUGUGGCGCUGCCACAUCCCGUGUAUAAAGACGAGGGAAACGCCAAGUGGGACAAACUCAAGGGCGUUCUGUCGGUCACGCUUCCCAUCAAGACUGAUAUCAAAUACUUUUCGGACGUGUCCGAUUUGGUGCGCGAAAAAGAGAAUUGAUCACCUCGAGUGUUGUUGCCUCGGGGUCGAAAAAGAAAGCAGUAAAGCCUCUGCCUCGCAUGACAAAUUGCGUCCGAAGCUGCUUGCGGCGACGGUGCAAAGGUUUUUGAUGAGGUGCAGUCGGGUAUGCAUGACAAAUUGCGUG